AUGAAAAAAAGUGUAGGUCGACGCACGAUUAUUGAUAUUCAUUUAGAAGUCUUAGACGAAUGUCAAAAAGGGGACUUGCAUUUGACGAAGGAAAACUUUUUUGAAAUUUUGGUUCAAGAAUUUAUGGGAAGCAAAUUUAUAAAAGACAAAAAUGUUCCUAAGGUAGAUGUCCCUAUGGAACAGAUUCCAUGUUGA